AUGCUGUUGUUGCAACUGGUGUUGCUCACGGUUCUUGUCCCAGGUGGUGACAGUGACGAUGACUUCCAGGAGCCGAGCUCCUUCCGAAUCAUCCUGACAAUAUCCUUUUACAAUCAUUCCCGGACACAAUAUCACGUCUCAGCUUGGCUGGAUGAGCUUCAGACUCAUAGCUGGGACAGCAAGAAGGGAAUUUUCGUGAACAAGCUCCCUUGGUCCAAGGGCAACUUCAGCAACAAGGAGCUGAUGGAACAGGAAAGGGCAAUACAGGCAGCUUCCAUUAGAAUUCCUCUGAUAUUUCAGGACCACGUCAGUCAAUGGCAGCUUGAAUAUCCUUUUCAGGUACAGCUGGUCAAAAGCUGUGUGCUGCCCUUUGGAGAGGCACCAGGAGGAUUUUUGUGGAUUGCAUAUCAAGGAUCAGAUCUUGUGAGCUUCCAGAACACGUCAUGGUGGCCAUCUCCAAAGGGAGGAAGGAGGGCUCAGCAGGUCUCCAAACUAUUCAAUCAGUACCAUGUGGUCAACUUACGAUUACAAGCACAUGUUAAUGACAUCUGCCCCCGUUUCCUCUUGGGUCUACUUGAUGCAGGGAAGGCAGAUCUUCAGCGGCAAGUGAGGCCAGAAGCCUGGCUGUCCACUGGCCCCAGUCAGGGGCCUGGCCAUCUGCUCCUUGUGUGCCAUGUCUCUGGCUUCUACCCAAAGCCAGUGUGGGUGACGUGGAUGCGGGGUGACCAGGAGCAACAGGGCACCCGGCGAGGCGACGUCUUGCCCCAUGCUGACGGGACAUGGUAUCUUCAGACGUCCUUGGAUGUGGAAGCCAGGGAGGCAGCCGGCCUGUCUUGCCGAGUGAGACACAGCAGUCUAGAAGGCCAGGAUAUUGUCCUCUACUGGGGUGAGACCCCCUUUCACAACUGCCCCUACAAGUCCUCGGGUGCCAACGUCCUGGGGCUGCCACCGUCUGCUUGUUUCCAGACCCAGAACCCAGUUAUCAACACGUUCAACUGUCACUUUCAUCAUUUCUCCUUUUCCUGUCCUAUCCUGGACCUUUUAACCACUAGAGGCACCAAGCCGGGAGGCUGA